UUCCAGAUCUUUCCUGACAUCAGGGAGAAGUUCCAACAGACAUGUGGCUAAGAAGACACCAGCUGCGAAACAGCUCAGUAUACUUAACGUCCGUUUGUAACAAAUUUGUUUGUGGAAACUUAUACCCCGCGCGCUUUGCCUCUGCAUACACCUGACUAUGAGUAAUGGUAACAGUCCGAGGGCCAAUGUGAACACAAACAGUCCACACAUUACCAGGACCUUCACAACUUGGACAUCGACCAUCUUGUCCGUCAGUAAAAGUUAUUGAAGUUUCAGUGAAGGUCAUAUAUCACGUGACAGUCUGGCAUGACAUUGUGUACAUACGUCGUCAUAAUAGAAGUUAACAAUGCUAAACAGUCCAGUUUGUGCCCUAUGACAUCCGGAAGUAGUUAAAAAAUAGGAUAUGAUAAAAACGAAUAGAAGAAACCAAUAUUCCGGAACUUUUCGGAUCUUUUAUCGAUGCUAUCAUGAAGAGUUCAGUGGCCGGUCGUUUGACCAUGUCAUCCUUGUUGGCACCAAGUCUUGACAGCAGUUUGGCUAGUAGUGCUGCCUCCCAAAACAGGAGUAGUGCAAGUCUCACUAAAGCUGAGAAGGAGAUAAAGUCUUUAAAAGCAGAAAAUAACAAACUCAGGAAAGAUUUAGAAGAUGUAAGGUCUCUUUACAACCAACUGGUAUCGGAAAAUUCUCACGAGAAGUUUGAUGAGAGAAGGAUUACAUUAUUGAAGUCGCACAUCAUACAGCUGGAAAGACAGGUAUUGCUGAUGUCAGAGGCCCUCAGUUCGCGCAGCAGUGCAUUGAUGGAGGUGGAAAACGCUCUUACUUGGCUGGCAGACAAAUGCAGAUACUACAUAGCCCUUGAGGUCCCAGGAGCAACAGUUGGUGUUCCCCGUUCAGACCUCACACAGAUGGUCCACACUGCUGAGUCAAGUAGAAUUAAACUGUUCAAGAACAUAGAGAACUGUUCCACACAGACACAAGGCCAGGCUCUAAUGUUUAUGAAUACCUUCAUCAAACCUGAUUCCUUCCAGCAGUGUACCAUGUUAGAUAUAGCCUCUGGAAAACUGGACUAUCUCAACUUAAAACAUGUGGCAAAGCUGGAGAGUAAGUUAUCAUCACUGUACAAGGAUCUAACUCAACUUCAUGAUGUCCUUGAGAAUCCACAAGACAUACCUGUGAUGACAUCACCAUGUGUAGCCAGUGUGAUUCGUGACCGGGCAUCCACACAGCUCCUGAGAUCCUGUGCUCGUAUCAAAGACUGCUGUGGGGACCUUUUGUCUGUCUCAUUGCUCUUCCCCAGUGCACCCUGGCCUCCAUUGAAAAAAUCUGUGCUGAAAGAUAUCACCUGUGAUAAUGUAAUGUCCAGUCUUCCUAGUCUACCAAAGUCAAAAGUACCUGAGGUCAAAAGAGUGAUGACUGCUCUCCUUAAAGCUCAGAGUUACCAUCAUCACAUGCUGUCCCAACAGAUAAAAGGAUUAAAAGAAGAAGUGAAAUUCCAUCAAGCUGUCUACAAUCUUCAGAUCUCUUAUUCUGAAACACUCCUGGCAGCAGUAAGGGAAGGUUACAAAGAGUUUGAAAAAUCUACCAAUGAGUUUCUCAUCAUGCCAUUACGUGAUAUUUUGGAAGCUUAUUUAACAAUGAAAACUUCAAGCAGUGAUAAUGGUCUAAGGCAGUUCCUGACCUGCUUUAAAAACAGCGAAGAGCAGCUUAUGGAUGCUAUCAUGAAACUGUCAACAAAGGGAAAACCUGAAACUGGAAGUGGAGUGGAGGUUCUGUCUCAGUUUGGAGUGGAAUUCACCAAAUCUCUGGAUAAGGCUGUGAAACAAAGUCAGUGGCGGAGAGAUAAGGCAGGGCGUGAAAGAGCAGAACUAAAGGAGGAGCAACAGAAACUAGAGGCUGAGUUACGUGGUCUCCUGGACAAAGAGGAAGGUUCAUAUCAGGAUAUGUUCCCUCCCAGUGACGACACACUAGCUACAAGAGACAGUAGCACAUUCGCAGGAAAUAUAGAAAGGGAAGUCAAAAAUAGAGAGUCAGUUGUGGAACCUAACCUUGACAAUAGAUUCUCAUCACAAGAGAGUGGCCAAUCCAAGGAUCCAUUAGACCACUGCACAGAGGAGGUGUCAGGUUUAAGCUUAGAAGACUCGUCAUUGGCACAAACAACAGUAUCUCACCGUAACAACAGUCCCUCCAGCAGUCGGCAAAAAGAAAUUAAACCUCCCCGUACUAGUGGUAAUAACCAGACAGACAGAAAACAAAGGAGUAUGAGUCGCUUGGGAAAUUUGCAUAAACCAGCUAGCCCUUUAGAGGAGAAACAAAAGGAUACUUCUCGACAUGAGGGAAUACAACGUACAGAUAUUAGUUCUGCAGGGAAGAACACUGAAGGUCAGCUAGGCAAUGUAACGGGUAUUCCACCUAAAGUCAAAACAACUGGCAAAAAUAAGAAGGACCAGAAAUAUCUCCCAAACACAUUUGUGCCAAACAGAACACUUCAGUUGAGGAGGGCUGGGAGUCUUAGUUCGCUCAGUGACAAAGACACAGGAUCGGACACAGAAUCUGUUAGUAGUCAAACUUCAAGGGGGACAACUCCAGGUAAAGCUCGCAAAUCAACGAUCCCACGGAGGUCAACAAGUAGGUCAGGUCACAGCUGACCUCAAAAGUCCUUAGCAUUAUAGUGUUACAUGUAAAAGUAUAAAUUGGGAUGUCUAUUUUGUACAAUUUAGUACCAACUGAAUGUUUUAGAUGGCCUUUACUUUUAAAAUGGAACCAUGAUUUACUCUGUUCACAAUAUUUCAUCUUCUUAUCCUAAAAAGUAAAAUCAAGCAUUUGUCUCCCUUUUUCCUCAACCCCCCCCCCCCCCCUCCCCCUUCAAUAUGAGAGCUAUCCCAGAUAUCAAUAGAGAGGGGAUUGGGAGCCAAUAUUAACAUGAUGGUUAUACAUGUACAUGUAUACACUGGUAAUUACUGAUUCUUGAAAAAAAAAAAGAAGAAAUUUCAUCACAGACAAUUGGGAUCUCAAAAACUUUAUCCCAGCACUUCACUCCAGCUGAAUGACUAGAAUCACUCAAACAUUUUCAUUAAAUAAUCUACAUUGAUAAUAAGAAUGACAGAAUAAUAUUCAUUUUUCUGUGUCUUUGCCAACAAACUCUAAGGCCCAAAAUACUUUUUUUAUCCGCUUGUUGUAAUUUGAUUGCCAGAUCUGAAACUUUUAAAUACGUAUUACAAUGUACUUAUAUGUUACUUUAAAUAGCAGUUGAUCGUUGUGAUUUUUUCGUUGCUUUGUUCUUAUUUUUCCAUUGUUAAUUUAUUAUCAUUUUUUUUCUAUUUAAAAUUGAAGUUCGUAAUAUCUGAUAGAAAAACAGUUAAGGACAGAUACGAUACCCUAUGGUUUACUUAUUUUUUAAAAAAUCGUGAAUGCAGUCUAGCUGAUUAGUUGAUUGUAUAUUAAUCAAGUUAUGACAAAACUGUAGUUUGGCUUUUUAUUUGAUAAAAAUGUACCCAUGGUAUUUUUGUCAAUUCAUAUUGGUUGAUGUAACUUCAGUAAUGAUGCUAAGUUGUUGACAUUCCAUAUGGAGAAGAUUCUUUAGGUUUCUUUGUCAGUACCCAGAACAAAGUGUACCCAUAUAUGUACUAAAGAAUAAGUAAAUGUAUAGACAAAACUGGAGAAUUUUCCAUGAAACUAAAUAACUGUUGCUUACUUGGUCGGUAUUUUUCUCUUUGAUGUCUGGAAUUACUUGAAUACUGUGACUGAUUGAACAUGAAUUAUAUUUCAAAAAUCAUUCUGGAUACUCCAGGGGUUACACAAACUAUCACUCUCUGUACCCCUGGAACCAUCCUCCAUACCCCAGGGGUUACGCCAAUCAUCGCUUUCUCCACUCCUAGAAACGUUAUCUGGCAAAAUUGAAGGCAACUGAAGUAAUUUGAUUGGUCUAGAGCAGGUUUCAGGAGAAAAGAACAAACCAAUCAUGGUGUGACUGGUAAAGUACUAGCCACAAUAUACUGCUUGGCCAGUGAGAACUACUCCUAAGCUUGAUUGGUUGAGUGUCAGACUUGUAAGGUAGGGGUACCAAGUUCAAGCCCUAGUGGAGGCAUUAAAAUAACACAAUGAACACAGUUACAUUGAUGCCCAUAUAGGGACUCAGAAAUAAUACUUAGUGUUGUCCAACAGACAUCACUGUAAUCCAUUAAAACUCAAGGACAAGUUCUUUCCCAGAAGGGGAGUAUGUAACCCUGGUAAAAAUACUAGCCACAGCAUACUGUUUGGCUAGUUAGAACUUCCCUCUAGCUCAGUAAGCUUCAAAGCUAAUACAUAAGUUUAUUUUAAGGUUAUAAGUUUAUUAUAAGUUGACCUGAGAUUCAUUUCAUGUAUAUCGAAGGAUCAAACUAGGCUUCUCGUGUGGCACAUGUAACUUUUGAUGUUGCCAUGAAAUGUUCUAGGGGUGCUGAGUAACAGUGAGCAUAACUCCUGGAGUAUGAGGAUUGAUUUCUCUAUAAUUUUGCUGUAACCGAUUGCAAAUCAUCCUGUUUAGUUCUAUGGUGUCAACCAACUAUAUGUGUUUGUCUUACUCUUGCAAACUAUCAUAGAUAAACAACUAAUUUUGCUUCCUGUUCAUACUAUCAAAAAGUGAAGCUAGACCAGCUGAUAUCUAGUAAUUAGCAGUAUCACUAGGAAUAACAUGUUUCAAAAUCAUUUUCAUACGGGUAUAUAGGCAAAUACCAAAUGAUUUCACCAUAAGAUGUGUUCUAUAUAUAUCAAAAUUUGUGAAAUACAAAAUAUUUUUUUA